AACCACGGUUCAUGGAUUCAGGUACAUGGUGGAUGGCUUGAAUCUCUUGGAACGAAUUACUUGGGGCAUCGUGAUCGCUUGGGCGCUCAUCUACUCCGGAUACUUGGUCAUAGGCGCUCUCCAAGAGUUUGAAGCGAACCCCACCUUGACCACCUACGAAAGCACCGAAAUCAGUGAGGUCCCUUUUCCAGCGGUAACAGUGGAUGCCGGAAGCAUUUUUAACCAUUGGGGCUUCGUUCGAGCCCAUCUGGAUUCCCUGGAGCCGAAUUAUAAGCAACCCUUGAAUCGGCGCUUUGCGCCCUUAAAGAGGCGCAUAUUUGAGGUUAUCUAUCCCGACCUUCGGGAGCACGUUUACUCCGUUUUAGUCAAUCAAACAUCGAUCAUGGACGUGAGGAACGCUUCAAUGUUUUUUAGCGAAAGGUUUGGGGAUUUCGGGGAGUAUUUGAAUGUUGAGGACAUCAACAACGAGCCCAUUCUUGCUGAAUUUUACACCCCUCAGUAUCAAGAGUUUUUUCAUCUCCGAAUGAACUUGCGUCUGCAUCCAGAUUAUGGGGAAGGUCUACUCUUGCUUCGCCUGUCAGCUUUGAUGAUGGAACAUCCAAUGGAUGCAAAUAUGAUUAUGAACACUUUGGAAACCAUGGCUGGUGAAGCAUUUCAAUUGGGCAUGGGAUGGAAUUAUGAACUUCAGCAAACUUUUGCCUACCUGUUUGACAACGUUUGGGAGAUUUUGCAAGAAAACAUGGCAAAAACCGGUCGAUUCCCAUCCGAAGCCAGUUUGGAUGCCUGUUAUAAUGGAGAGGACGCUUGUUUGGAUGCACUUAAUGAUGUUGGGUCCAGAAUAUUGAGCAUCACAAUCCUAAGGUUCCACGGGUCAACGAGCACGCCCUUUGGGUUGUUCCUGGAGCGAUACUUCAUGAACGUGUACAAUGAGCCAUUCAUGAAUGAUCAGACAGCAACCAAUGAUCUGGAGGAUUUGGUUUCAGAUUUUCUCGUCGAAGCCACCCAUCGCAUCUUCAAGGAUUUCAAACACAACAUUUCUUUAUACGAGAUCAGCCAGAUUGUUGAUUUGCCCUACGUUAAUUUUACUGCUCGACCUUAUCAAGCCAAGGAGGCCUAUCGGGACAUGAAUUGUCUCAACUAUGAUUACAUCGUCGAAUACCGGACUUCGUCAUGUGACAGUUUACCGCCGCACCCACAUAUUGUGGGCUGUUGCCGCAUUUGGGCUGCCAUCGCCAACCGGCACGAAGAGGUGCUCAAACUGAUGAAGUUCAACCAACAGCCUCCUCAUCACCGUGAUUACUCGACCUUCAGUGCUCAAGAGCUCAAGAAGGGUUACUUCGCCGACUUGGAGGUGUCCGAUCGAACAGAUUAUUUACACUUGUACAAUCCAAGGGUCUUUGGAUGUCAGUGGCAAGGCCAGCCGGAGGAUCUCGAUGAUAUCAGUCGCUGUAAUUUGUUCCACCGCCAUUUUACCAACGCAGGCGUGGGUUACACAUUCAACCAAGCCAAUUUUGAGGACAUGUUCAUUCCCUCGCCGUACAUGAAACUGUUUCAAAAGGUCAUGAACCCACGGAGUGUGCUUCACAAUACAUCCAUUCAAUUCCUGGACAAUGCUGGCCCCGAGAGGACUUUGAAGAUCCAUGUGGAGCUCAGCCGAAACCUCGGCGAGUAUAUCAAAUUUGCUAACCCCUUGUACACGUGGAUGGGUGGCUUGAGUUACAGCCCAUUCCGCUCAGUCGAAAAUGUGUUCAAGAUCGCUCUCCAUGAUUCUAGCAGCAUUCCGGAUCUCCGUUAUGACUAUAUCAAGAUCUCUCCCGGCCUUGAGUACAAAAUUUUGAUCACUCCCACCAAGAUUGAGUCGGACGAAUCCUUGCGUUCCAUGGACAUUGAGCGGCGCAAUUGUCGGUUCGAUGACGAAAUAGAGGACUCCGUUUUGUUCCAGAAGUAUUCUCAAUCGGGUUGCUUUUUGGAGUGUCAAAUUCGAAAAGCGGUGGAGGAGUGCGAUUGUCUUCCUUGGAAUUAUCCUCAUUAUACGGUCAAUGGUCAGCUGACUAAGCUCUGUGAUUAUAGAGGUCAUUUUUGCGUGGAAGAGAUCCUAAAAAGGUCUACCUUCUGGAAGGAAUGCAAUUGUUAUCCAUCUUGCAAUACCAUGACCUAUACCUACUCUAUCAGUAACAAACCGGCAACGCGAUUGUGCCCCUUUAAUACAAUUUUUGGCACAAGCUCGGCGUAUGUGGCGGAAGGUGACUACAAGGCAUUCAUUUCUUACCCCAUUGACGACCAAUUGACGGGCAAACAUUCCAAUCGUGCCUCAGACCGACUUGCUAAGGAAUACUUCUGUCAAAAUCGAUGUGACAAUGUUUCGGUUGUCGAGUUUCAAGUUGUUGGAACAUCGGUGACAGUGAUCAAAAAGAGCGCACGAACCACAUUCAUUAGCACACUAGCAAACUUGGGUGGUCUGGUGGCACUUUUUACGGGAAUCAGCAUCUUGAGCCUAUUCGAAAUGGUCUUUUGGGCAUUGAGAUAUUUACGAGCCGUUGUUUUUAUUCCUAUUCGAAAAGGACACAAAUCGAAAUGACUCAUAAAUGACUAUGGCUUCAAAAUUUGAUGGUUUCUUUGUAGAAUUUGGAUAUUUUUAACUAACUCGCUUGUAGUCAAUUUGCUCCCGACCCUCUCUAUAGCAUCCAUUUCUCUCUGAACACUAAAGAGAUAAUUUCAUCACAUCACAGUAUUUUCAAUGCGAAAUUCUAGAUCAAGGACUUGGUGCUUGAUUUGAAGCGUGGGUGGAAUUUGUAUUUAAAGAAGGAAUUUACGUGUUUAUAAGGUUUUUGGGAAUAGAGUUGGUCAGAAUUUUGGAAGCUCAAAGA